GUAGUCUAAAACCAUUACAUGAAGAUGUGUAUGUUUUGUAACAUGAAGGCUUUAAACUUUGCUUUAGAUUUUAGACGGAGAUUAUAUGAUUAAGCUGGAGAAGGAAAACAUACUUUUUCAGGUAGUCUAUAUUGCAUUACAUCAAGACGUGAAUAAUAAACUAUAAUAUAGAUGGUUAUAGACAAAGAAUAUAAGGAAAUGUGGCAUUGUGAAUAUGUACAUGUUUUGUGACAUAUAGACAUGGAUUAUUAGAGAAAGAUUAUAUGGAUAAAAAUAUGGCAUUUUAAUCAUGUAUGAGGUGACUGUAAAAGAGAAAAAGGUGGCACCAUGGGGAACCCUGUUAAAGGACUUCUCCCAGGACACGUCCUUUCAUGGAGUACGCUACACUGGCAUUCCAGGGACUCAUCCAUUGCGAAGGAUUAUUUGGAUGAUCAUAACUAUUGGUAUGUUCGCAGCCUUCUUGGUUGUGAUAAGCUUAAGGAUUCAUGAGUACUUCCAAUAUAAUAUGACUGUCAACCUUGAAGUGAAAGAUGGAGCACUGGAUUUACCAAGUGUUACGAUAUGUAACCACAACUUUCUCAGGGCAAGUAAAGUUUACCAAUCGGGGAACUUUGACACAGUUAGUGAGGCUUUCCAGGAAAGUGACGUUGAUUGCACUUCAGGUCAUCCACUUACGUCAUACCCCAAUAACACUCUUACGAUCAAACACAGUAAAGCAGCUAUUCAAAAGUCCAUUGAGAUCCACGAAGGGAUCACGAGAGAAGUGUGCAAGUAUCUAUGUAUAAAAGAUUUUGAUUGUAAAUCAUUGGUCUAUUCCCAUGCAAGUAUGACGUGCUACAUCACAACGUUCAAUCUCGACAAUUCAUCUGAUGAUGUCACCCUUGUACAGAGUGAGACGGAGGAUUAUUAUGAAUACUGCUCACCUUGCAACAGUACAACUGAAUUUGAAUGUGCAUAUGGUGACAAAUGUAUUGAUAAGGCACUUAUGUGUGAUGGAGUGGCCGAUUGUGCAGAUUCUUCAGAUGAAAUUGGCACUUGUUGGCUCAACACAGAUUUUACCUUUUACAUUGAAUGGGGUUUCUUAGUGGAUACCAGUAAAAAAAUAUAUUGGAAAAAGAUGAACAGUGAUAGUGAGGAAGAAUUAUUAACUGGACUUUUUGCUCAGAUUACUGGCCAAAGAAAUGGAGUCUACGACCUCACAGAUGCUUUCACAGAGUCCUUGGGAGAUGACAGUGAUGAUCCAACUGCAGGCUACUUUCUGUUGCCUAGCAGCGACCAACCAUCUGAUUAUCUGAGCAGCUACAUCGAGACGGCCACAUUGAUCUCUCCCGUCGUCAGUGGGAGCUUAAAAACGCAAAGAAUAUGCUACCAACUCUCCUACAAGGUCUACAUAUCCACAGAAGUGCAGGACUUCAAUUGCUGGAAUGUAUCAUUGCCGUCAUCUAUGUUACAAAUUUCCCGGAGCUACCUGUCAAAUGGAUUUGAUGAGCCCUUGUGGAAUAUUAAGAUGGCUGGUAACACUGCCUGUGACCGAACCAAGUGGCAUAAAGUGGCCAUAGAUAUACCCCCAGCAGAGUUUGAUUAUUAUAUCUUAGUCAAAACAACCAAUGAGCAAUUGCCGAUUGCCAUCGAUAAUCAGUUGAUCUCACCUGAAGCUUGUGCAAGUCAAGGGUGCCCCUCAAAUAUGUUUGAAUGUAUGAAUGGCCAUUGUAUACCAAACCAAGCAUUGUGCAAUGGUACAAAUGAUUGUGGGGAUGGAUCUGACGAGACUGAAACUAGAUGCUCGAACACACACAUCAAUUGUGAUUUUGAAAAUACACAUCUAUGUGGUUGGGUAAUCCCUCCUGAAGGGGGUGAUUGGUAUUAUGUAGAAUCAAGAACACAGUCUUUUGACUUUUACAAUGAUGGUAUGGCAGAGUAUUGGCCAAAAUAUGAUUUUACCACUCAACAUAGGGCUGUGGAUGAUUAUUCAGUGAUAUAUGACGAUGCAUGCGAGUCUGGACAGCUGAUCACAAGUAGCGAAGGUUUCAUCCAAUCAAUUGGCUAUGGUACCUUGGAUUAUGGUAAUUACUUAAAUUGUGUGUGGACAAUCAGCAGCUCCGACUUAGGUGUUGGCCAGGUCAGGAAACUUCAAAUCAUCGGCCUUGACAUAGAGAUUUUAUCAAACUGUGCAAAGGACUAUCUCAAAAUAGAAACUCCUGGUGGGGGAACUCUCUGGAAGGGAUGUGGCAGUCUAUUUGAAGAAAUGGCUGUUACGACAUCUCUUGGAGUGGACUUAGAUAUUCCAGUGACUAAUGAAGAUAUUACAAUUACAUUCUUUACGGAUGGUUGGAAUACGGGCGAAGGAUUCAAAAUAGCAUUUACAACACACACUGGACCAGCUGUAAAUGAUCCUUUAGACCCAUUUAACCCACUGGACAUUACAGAAUAUGGGACUGUUGAGAAUCCUCUUCACAUUGAUGUUGUUCAUGGGGGAAUUGUUAUGCCCCUUGCCCAGACAGGAACAUUUGCAUGGAGCAUUAACACAAGUGAUCCAAAUAAGGUCAUACAAGUGGAUAUAAGAAUAGCUAGUCCUUAUGAUUUGGACUGCACAAAUGGAGACAAUAUUCAAAUUAAUGACGCAAUGGGUGUAAUCCUAACACAAAUGUGCGAUGAAAGCACUUCCGAAGCCCUCUACAAUUACAGAGAAACAGUACUCUCUACUACAAAUGCAGUUGUUAUCGUGUUAACCAGAGGCACUGUGACUCUUGAGGAGAUCAACAAAUAUGUUGUGUCAUUCGAAUAUGCAGCUCAUUAUAAGCCAGGGCAUAUGAUUAUGGGGAAUGUAGUCAGUACUGGAACUGCCGAAAAUAACUUCCUUGAGUCUCCACUACAUUAUCCUACCUAUGGUGUUAUGUGUAUCACCAUCCAUUACAAGCUCUACCAGGGAACUCUUUAUGUAUCCACGCAGACAAGAACACAUACUAAACUAGUGCUGGACAUUACCAACUCAUUAUCAAAUACGACGCUUUGGACUGAAGCGAAAUUUGAGUUAUCAGAUAUGAAUGAGUUUAAACUGAAGUUUGAAUUUAGUAGUUCCUUUUCUUUAAACUUUGUAAUGAUUGAUGAGACACAGUUAGAAGAGGGAAGUUGCGAUUGCAAUAAAUACCUCGAAUCACCAGAUGGCGCCGAAUACACGGGUGACAUGGCAAGAACUGAGGAUGGUUAUACAUGCCAGUCAUGGAACCUCAACUCUCCACAUCAAGGUUUGUACAGUUCCCAGCCAUCACAGAUGAAUUACCCCUCAGGAUACUUUGAAUCUAACUAUUGCAGGAACCCUGAUGGUUCCACCAAACCAUGGUGCUACACGACUGACUUACUGCACGAAAAGGAUGAUUGUGACAUUGAAACUUGUGCGUAUCACUACACAGAGUUGACGAACUACUGCUAUUCAUACGAUUCCUCCGCACCAACAUUUUUUAGUCUAGAAAAUUUUCCCGACCCUGAUUUAGCUGUUGCAACUUGGGAGAGGGAUUUCCCCAUAUAUGCUUGCUAUCUGGCAUCUAAACGCAAUGGAUUUGAAAUUUUUGCUCUCUAUGGUGGUGGAAAAUGUGCUGGGGGACUUACAGCAUACAAUCAGUCACAAGUUGCUACUCCAAUUGAUUCUGCACUAUGUGCUAAUGACAGCGGCUUGGGAAGUACAUCGACAUAUCAUGUUUAUAAAGUCAUCUUCGACGAAUCCAAAGUUAUCAAGGUUCCCACAUGGGAAAGCUUGUGUGUUGCAUUAAAGCUCAGUGGGGAAACAGACACAGGUUUUUGCAGUUUGGACGACUCUAUGAAGAGGUUUCUUUACCUGCAUACCUCCCCAACUAUGAAGUCCAAUUAUCUACCAGAAAUAGAGAAACUAGAGGUGAAAGAGUGUGACAGGAACUGUAAUGGUAGCUGUAAUGUGGCAGGGUGGUGGCGCUGUGACGACCAGUGCAAGGAUGGCUAUGUACUCUCCGAAGCUGAUAAAGUUUGCAAACCAUCAUCCGAUGACUAUAUGUCAGACUUCCUCCUCACCAAAGCCCAUGAUGCCAAUGAUCUGAUAUUUAGUUGUUCUUGGGAUGUUGGUGAAUGCAGUAGUGAAAGUUUUGUAUUGACGCAUACAGAUUAUGGGCAGUGCUACACAUUCAAUACCUCAAUUUCCACCGUCACUAAAACGGGUGCAUCAUCCGGACAAUACAAGUAG